AUGCACCUACAGCUGAAGCCCUCCUUCACUCUAUCCACAGCCAGCACCUGUCCGGCCUUCCACAUCACGCCUACGGGAUUUCAGAUACUCACAGCAUUGGCGCACCAUGGAGUCGAGGAACAGCUGCCCACAAUCCAAUUGCAAAAUGAAGUUGCGGCGCAAGGCGUCGUGAAAGCGAGGUUCUUUGGGGGAUGGGAUCUAUGGACUGUCUCCGCCAUCAUGAGCGAGAGUCAGGAGGACAGCAGUGAAGUGGAAAACUCGAUUAUAGUGCGGAUACCCUGA